AUGAUGUCUCAGGCGACGUCCACCGGUCAGUGGCUACGGCUGCCACCGCAGGUGGUCCGAAGACCGCAGAGCAGCACGCGACGCCCAGCUCUGACUCCAGGGGGGCCCCAGGAGCCGGCCUUGCCUUUGGGGGCCAAGAAGAGCCGGCAUUUCAACUCCCGGCAGCUCCUAACGCUGCUGCCCUUGGCGACGGCGCGCUUGGCGCCCAGAAGCCGUGCACGCCGAAGUGUUCGGCUGCGGCUGCGGGCUGCAGAGGCUGACACGAAGCUCGAUUUGACGCAGGUUGCGGAGAGGUGGGGCGAAGCCGAGUCAGUCAGCAAUGGUCAGGAGCUGGCACAGGUGUGCGCGCUGCUGUGUUGCGUGCAGCGGCAGCUGGGCUACAUGGCUGCGCACCACGAGGGUACCGUUGGCGUGGCGCAAGUUGUGAGCCAGGACAAAUCAGGGCUCGAGAUCGCCGGCGAGGUCCGGAACACUUUUGCCCCACGCACUUUAGUGCGCCGACGGCCCGUCCCUUGGUCCAGACGAUUGGCUCUGGCGUCGCACCACGCGACGUGUCCAGAGUUCCGACGACGGCUCAUCUCAUCGAUGGGCAGGUCAAGGGCCAAGCGAGGUGGGCAGGCCAGAGAGGACGUGGAAGAUCCGCAAUGGCGAGACCACCUUUGGCGUGGUGCUUACUCGCCUGCUCAGCGUCCCUGGCGCUCUUAUGCAGACAAGGGGAAGCCCGAGAAGGAGCAACCGGCCCCACCGAGAUUCCCAACUUACCAGUCUAUGCAUGUCCGGGAUCCAGCCAAUGGACCUGGGAAAGGAGCUGGCAAGCACCCGAAUGUGGCUGUGGAGGAAGCACCGGGCUCGGUGAUGGGUCUACAGCCGGUGCUGAACACUGCAAGGAAGGCCGAGCUGCGAGUUCAGCGGCUCGUUGCGAACCGGGACCGUGCUCGCCGUCAAUGGGAGGCUUACGAUGCCGAGUUGAAGCAGACCUUCAUGCGAGAAAAGAAAAAAUUCUCGGCGAACCUGGAACGCUUGAACAAGGAUAUUACGGAAGCCCUUCAUGCGCAGGACCUUGCACGCCGCGCAGUUUGUCAGACUGUGAAUGGCCAGCCUGUUGCAGAGAGCGAAAUGGCGGCCAACGAGGAGAUGGAAUGGGAGCGCACCCGCUCGGCAUGGGAGCAGGACGAAGGAUCAGACCUACAUGGAGUCCUGCACAGAGCCAUGACGCAUGCCGAUGCAGCAGAUGGCCUCUCACGACCCCGUCUGAUGUCUGGUGCUCCUCCGGGUUUUGGUGUUACGGAUGCUUCAGCCCCGGCCCAGAUCUUGCGUAUGGCGGACGAAAUGCGUGCGGCCAGCGCGGCCUCUGGCGUGGAUCCUUACUAUGGGACGGCUUUGAACGAUCCGUAUCAGGGAUCGCCAAGUGGCGCCUAUCUCAAGGCACAAGGACCAGCGACGUCACCCUCCGCCAGAGUUGCACCCUACGAUACUGGGCAUGCAGCGGAUCGCCGGGAGGAUGGGCCUUCUCUGGCAUCACGAGUGGAGCACAAGCGCAGCGAGGCCACUGGUGGGGCCAUGCGGCCCUUCGGCCUACCUCCUGCCACGCCGCCUCCUGCUCCGGGUUUUGCCACUGUCAAUGGAGGUGCUCUGCAGAUUCCGAUUGCCUCCGACGACGAGCUGGAUACGGCAAACACUGCAGCAGAAGCAGGCGAGCCCCCACCCUGA